AUGAGGAAGGGGUCAGAAAAGAUUACAGUAACAACUAUUGGGUAUGGAGACAAGACACCACACACGUGGAUUGGCAAGCUGAUCGCAUCAUGUUUCUCAGUGUUCGCCAUAUCGUUCUUCGCUCUUCCUGCCGGUAUCUUGGGAUCAGGCUUUGCUCUGAAAGUUCAGCAGAAACAGAGACAGAAACAUUUCAACAGACAGAUCCCGGCAGCAGCUACUCUGAUCCAGUGCCUGUGGCGUUGCUACUGUGCGGAGCCUGGUUUUGACUCGGAGGCCACCUGGAACAUCCACCUGCGCCAGUUUCAACAGAACCGAGCCAACCAGACCACCUCACGCAUCGGCCUCAACAAAAAACCUUCUCUACUCAAGAGGAUUACAUCCAGAACUAAGUUUGACUUCCAGCAAUCCAUCCUGAACAAUAUCCUGUCCAACUCUGUGUCAGAGACAGAACAGAAACCCAACAGUCCCGAACAGAAGCAGGACACGACAGAGACACCGCCAGCGUCCGGAGGUAACAUCGUCGACUACAGCAGCUCUCCAAGUUGUGAGCGACGGGGCCUCGGCAAUCUUGUUCGUAGACGAAACAGCGAAGUCAGCUCAGACACAAACUCAGUCUCCUUCCACUUCAUGCCGUCUGUGGACGACAAUCCUGACGAGUCGGGGGAAAAAAUUUUUGAUGGCUAUGCCUGCCUCUCUGAUAGCCAAUUUGAAGGUCUUGACUAUAUUGACCAGCAUCCCCAACCAAUCUCAGAGUUGUCAGAGCAGCACAAGGUUGCGAUACGAGUCAUCAGAAGGAUUCGAUACUUCGUAGCGAGGAGGAAAUUUCAGCAAGCUCGAAAACCGUACGAUGUUCGAGACGUCAUUGAGCAAUAUUCCCAGGGACACGUCAACAUGAUGGUACGCAUCAAGGAACUACAGAGAAGGUUGGAUCAGACGUUGGGCAAACCAGGAGCAUACCUAACAGGUCGAGAGCAGGGUCUGGACCGGUCCAAACUCACCAUAGUGGCCAGGUUAUCCAGGGUGGAAGAACAGGUGGCAACCAUGGACGAGAAGCUGGACUCCGCUCUGGACCUCUUGCACGUGAUCGCCAGGCGCGUACAGACACACAGGCCAUGUCUGCUCACCAACAACCCUGACUCCAUCGAAGAAGAAGUCUAACAAACCUUUCAUUUCCUUUCGUUUCCUUAGCUGGUGUGUUAUGCCAAAGGGCGGUUAUACCGGCUAUACUGAUACAGAUACAGAUUCCAUUCGGUUGUUCAAACCUAACUGAGGUAAAAGACAUGCUUCUGUGUUUGAGCUUAAAGAUUCCUCAGUUGAAGGAGUGGUAAGAACUCUCAAAGUUCUUAAAUAAACCUUCUGAGGACAUGCUCUUUCUUAUAAGACUUGCAGGUCUUGGGUA